AUGGCGGAGCAAUCAGAGAAGCAUCUUGGUCGCCCUGAUCCCGAACAGGCGCCGCAGUCCAAGGAAAGCGGCCAUGGGGCUGUUCAGGACACAUUGAUCAAUGCGUCUGGGCACGUUCAAGAGCUGUCACGAAACUUCAAUCUGCUCUCCUUGGCAGGCGUCGGUCUGGUCGUCGGCAAUGUGUGGCCUGCCAUCGGCGGCUCGAUCCUCGUAGCCAUUUACAAUGGCGGCUCACCGGGUGUCAUCUACGAGUUCAUCACCGUGUCGGUCUUCUACUGGCUUGUAGCCGCAUCCAUCGCCGAGCUGUCGAGCGCCAUUCCGAGCUCCGCCGGCGUGUAUCACUGGGCGUCCGUGACACCGGGCAAGCGAUGGGGGCGCGUCGUUGGAUUCUUUGCAGGGUGGUGGAAUUACCUGGCCUGGGUACUUGGAGGAGCAAGCAUGGCAUCAAUCUUCGGGAACACUGUUGUUCAAAUGUACGCUGUCAAUCACCCGAGUUUCGAGGCGAAGCCGUGGCAUGUCUUCGUCGUAUACAUCCUUUCGACCUGGCUUGCAUGUGCUGUUGUGUGCCUUUACAACUCGGCACUGCCGCAGCUCAAUAAGGCUGGCGUCUUUUUCAUCCUUGCUGGGUUUUUCAUCACUAUCAUCGUGGUGGCUGCGAUGCCCGGUCACGAUGGCCGCCCGGCGCACGCGCCAGAUCACUUCGUAUGGAGUGACUGGACGCAAGAGCUGGGCUAUCCCGACGGAUUUGUAUUCGUCGCAGGCAUGCUCAACGGUGCAUAUAGUGUGGGUGCUGUCGAUGCUGUUACCCAUCUGGCCGAGGAGAUUCCGUAUCCACAGCGAAAUGUUCCGAUUGCCGUGGCCUUGCAACUGAGCAUUGGAUUUGUUACCGGCUUCUGCUACCUCAUUGCAGUUAUGUACUCCAUCAACGACUACGACGCCGUCUUCGCUGCAACAUAUCCCAUCGCUGAGAUAUACCGACAAGCCACAGGCAGCGCAGCCGGCGCCACAGGUCUGCUCUCACUCGUCAUGAUCUGCAUUGGACUGUGCAUGAUCGGUCUAUACAUCACCUGCGGACGUACUCUGUGGUCCCUGGCUCGCGAUGGUGCCACACCACUACCUGGGAUUCUGGGCCGCGUCAACAAGCGGUUAGACAUGCCAUUAUACCCAACCCUGAUUACUGCAGUGCUCGUUACAGUUCUUGGCUGCAUCUACGUUGGCAGCACGACUGCUUUCAACGCUUUUGUCGGGUCCUUCAUCCUUCUCUCCAGCAGCUCUUUCCUCGCCGCAAUCCUGCCCAACCUCUUGACGAGACGCCGCAAUAUCCGCUACGGCCCAUUUCAUCUGAAGGGCUGGAUUGGAUUCGCCGUGAACGGCAUUGCGUGUGCGUAUAUGCUCGUCUGGUUCGUCAUCUAUUCUUUCCCGUUUUAUCUGCCUACAGACGCCACGAGCAUGAACUACGCUUGCCUGAUAUGGGGUGGGCUGACAAUCUUGGUGGGUGGCUGGUGGCUUGCGGGCGCGAGAAAGGGCUACGAGGGCCCGAAGACGACCGGUGGUUCAGUGGGUGAGGCAGAAAUCGCAGCACACUAG